AGUGCACAUUAGGCUACAUUUCAAUUAGUAGGGGAGGGGGGUAGGAUGUAUUUGUAGACUACAGUAUUGUAUUAGGCUAGUGAAUGGAAUAUGAAGAUACGUUUCCAGUAUAAAAGUGCCGUAAAAUAAUAUGCAUAAUGGCGUUUGUUCAUACGUAGUUGUUUUCGCCUCUGUUUCGGUUAUCUAUGCAAGGAGGCUGCAUUGCUGAGAGUUCAAUUGUGUGUACACAUGCCAAAGAAACAUUAGUUUGUCAUGGUCAGCCAUGUUUUUUGUUUACGUUUGACGUUGUGCACCUGGAUCGCUUUGAGGUCGGAAGUCGGAAAUUUCAACUGGGGAAUUCUGACCUCCGACAUUGUCUGGAACGCAGCAUUAGUCUGUUGACUCUAGUAUUAAUUUACUAAAAUUAUCAGUUUAAUCAUCAAACAAUUAGUGUUAAAUUAUAAGCCCCUUGCCUCCCUGUGUUAUAAUUAGCAUCUGUUUUUUUUAAACUGACCUCCUUUUCCUUGUUGCCUUUAGCCAGCAGUCAGUCAGAGGGAAAGUCUAUUAAUAUCACCAGUUGGUGUGUUGUAAACCAGAUUGAGGACGAGGCACUAUGCAGAAGACAGUUGGUGUGGCUGUUUCUUGUGACAUGGCCUGCAGAGCAGACACUGAGCUCAAACCUCGGAGCUUUACAUUCACGGUUCUCCUUGAACAGAUAAACAAACUUGAAGAGGAUGAAUCUGCUUUACGUGUGAAAGACUCUAACUCUGAGCCUGAUGUUAUCCCUGAUGCUAUUCUACGAGUAGAAGGAGAGAGUUUUCAUGUCAACCGUCAACAACUGGCCCACCAGAGUCCCUACUUUAGGGCUCUGUUUUUUGGCUGUGGUGUAGAGAGCAGCAAAAGGAAAGUUGAGAUCAAAGGUGUGGGCCUGCAGCAUUUCAGAGUUUUAAUGGAAUACAGCAGGACAUCCAACCUAGCUUUGGACAGAGAAAAUGUUCUGGGGAUCCUUGAAACCGCAGACUUUUUACAACUGGAGCGAGCCAAGCUGCUGUGCUGCAAGUUCCUGGAGCGUGAGCUGCACCUCACUAACUGUCUGGGAAUGAUGGCCUAUGCUUGGCGGCUGGGCUGCACUCAGCUCUACAAAGCGGCACGACAGGUGGUGCUUACACACUUCUCUGCUAUCGUCGCUGAAGAGGACUUCCUGUCCCUAUCUAAGGAGACCAUAGCAGACCUUCUUGCCAGUGAUGACCUGGCCAUCCAUAAAGAUGAUCUGGCCCUGGAGGCCACCCUACGCUGGGUGUCAUUUGACCCUAAACGAGAAGAACAUUUUCUGGAGCUCAUUGAGCUGGUGAGGCCUGAGUCGAUCUCUUUACCAUUUAUCACUGAACUUUUGACCAGAAUGAAAAGCUCUGACCCCAGAGCCAAGCUCAUCUGCAUGCUGAAUGAACAUUUUCCAACAUCUUGGUCAAUGGGCAGGUCAAUGAGGAGGACCGCGGCCAGAGACACCCUCUUCGUCCUGGGCGGACCUCACGAUCAGGAGCAACAGGCACUUUACCAGUUUCACCCACUCAGUGGUAGAUGGCAGAGCUGUGCACCUCUGCAGAGGAAGAACCUCACUCAGUAUUCGGUGGCUGCAGUAGGAGACAAUGUUGUUGUGACAGGCGGCUGCUUCCGGGACGUGCUGUGGUUCAGUGUGGACUGGGUCAGGAUAUACGAAUGUGGGAACCAGCGCUGGCUAGAUGGCCCGGCCCUGCAGAAGUCCAGGCACAGCCACUGCUCCAUAGGGCUGGACUCCGUACUGUAUGUCCUGGGGGGCAGCAUGGAUGAAGGGCUUGUGGCUGAUGUAGAAAGGCUUGUGCUGGGGUCAGAGGCGGGUUGGGAGGGGGUCAGCCCCAUGGUUAGGGCUGUGGAGAGGGCAGCCACUGCUGCUCUGGGAUCAUGUAUCUACGUGGCGUGUGGCCUGGAUGAAAACGGGGAGGCGUAUGGUGGAAUUCAGAGGUAUAUGGUGAAGGAGGAUCAAUGGGAUGUGGUCUCCUAUUCUCCUUUUCCACGAUAUGACCUGGUUGCCACAGAGCUCAAUGGUGCCCUCUACCUGUUUGGAGGCCAAGCUUUGCGUUUUGACGUGGAGACAAAUGAGUGGACUGUGCUGGAGGAGGAAUGUCUGGACAGGAAGUUCUUUUCUGGCUGCACAACAGUCAGCGGCCAGAUAUACCUGGUCAGUGAGAGGAAGAGUAACAACACAUUCCCAAACAUGGUGCUGAUGGACCCUUACAUAGACACUUGCAUUGAGGUAGAUGAUGCCAUACCUUGCGCUGUGCCCCUCAGAGGAUGUGUCACCAUGAGAAUGGUCACGUGACGGUGUGUGAUGUGACUGAAUGAAAACGCAUUAAUCUAUACUACACAAUGAAAUUUGUGGUUAUGUAUAUGUGUGUAUUAGAAGUGUCAUUCUUGCCUUAAACAGAGCACUUGCCAAAUACAUUUUUAUGUAAGAAGUCACAAUUUGGGUGAAAUUUAUAAAAAAAAAAAUGAAGAGCUGUUUCAUAAAAUAAAUCUAUAAAAAUGGACUGAGUGACACAUAAUCAAGACUAGUAAAAUCUUCCGCUUAAAAGAAGACAGCGGUGCAAAUUUAUUCAAUAGAAGUCAUUUAUUAAAACAUUUCAACUGGUCACACAGUCAAAAAGCAUCUUAGUGCACUCAGAAGAAAACAGUCAAGUGUUACUUUCAUGGAAACAACAUUUCUCCUGGUUUUAUACCUAAUUUUAAUUUUAAAAAGGGAAUAUUCUAGUGGGGGUCAUGGGUGUGUUAUUCAGUGGAGCAGCCCUUUUAGUAUUCUACAGCUUAAAUCCCACCUUAUGUUGUGGGCCCCUCAGUGCUAUUCAGUCCCUGUUCACAGUCAGACAUAACCCUGCUUCCACUCCCAUCACACUUAACACACAUCACACUAAAAUCGGGUUAGAUUGGACACAGCAACCACUUAUUUUAAAGAGUUGCCCUUACUAACCUAUGAAAAUGUAAUACCAGUUUUUGGAAGGUAAUGACCAUGAGUAUACUGUAGUUUUUCCACUGUGUUUAAAUACAUGUAAAAUCUCUUACCUCUUGCUCCUAGUAAAGUAGUAGAGCACAGUCUAGUCAUAUCAAAAUAAGUCAUCAGCUUUUACAAUGAUCUUUCAGUCUUUACAUUUCAGUAAGACAUUUCUUCAUCUGAGCUUAAAGCAUUUGACCUUUGUAGACAAGUAUCUAAAAUACCUCACAUUUUACAAAUGCCCAUCAUACUUGUGUAUGUGUGUGUGUGCAUACUUCUCAUAGCUUACCUACCAGCCUCACCAACAUUUCAAGCCAAACAUUACAACUAGUCACAGUAAUGCCUGGCCUGUGUGUUUGUCCAGUAAAGGUAAACCUACGUACACACAAAGCUUAAUAUCAAGUACUUGUCACAGAAUAGUGUAAAAACAGCAGCCGAGGCACAAAACUAAAGUCCUGUAGAGCAAACCUUAACAAAAGCCUUGUUGAUAAAUCAUGCUGUCUGUCACAAUGUUAUGCAAAGUAGAAAAAGAAACAAAACACACACACACACACACACACACACACACACACACACACACACACAUAUUUCUAGGAGCAGUACAUUUUUUGUAAAGGCAUCAUUUUAUCAAACAUGGAGAGAGCUUUCUCUACAAGGAUAUGUUCUUUUUUGUGCACCAGGGGGUGCCAUAUCUUUUCUAAGAAGUGAGCUUAAACAUAACCAACAAAAUCACAUCCUAUCACGGAAAAAUAUAAUUUCAUCAUCCCUAAGGGACUUCUGCAGUAGCCUUUUAUAUUCUGCCACAGAUUACAACAACAUAAAAAUGACCUGCUGAGUAAACAGUUCAUAAAAAAUAGAUAUAUAAAGUGGUUUACCAACAGAUUUACUACAAUCAAAGUUUUUAUUAGUCUAUGUACAAUCAACCAUACUGUCUGUGGAUACAAAGCUGUGGGAGUGAAUUACUAUUAAAUUCUAGCUUUAGUUUGCUCUGUUUAAAACAUACCACAUUAUUUGAUUAGAACAGUUUGAUUUUGUAUAAAAAACAUUUAGUUUUUCUUGUUGAAGAAAGGAUAGAAAGGAUAAAUGCAUUAUAACACAGUCCAGGUAUUUGCAUCCGUAUGUAUUAACAAACAAGUUAUUGUAGUACAAUAAAAAGAAACAGCAUACCAAAUCUGCAAAAACAACACACGUGAUUAGUUGUGAAGGAAAUUUCACUGUCUCCUUGUUUUGCCAAAUAUAUUUUUACAGUAUGCAGUGUUAUGGGUGACAGUAACAAGGGCGUUUCUCCCUAAUCUCACACUGAGUGUGUAGAUUUGCAAUCAUCUGUGCUUUUUCGCCCUUGUUUUUUCAGGGUAAGCAGGAUGCAGACUUACUCUGAUCUGAAAUCAUCAAUGGACCAUUCUGGAUGUGCACAAGCUAUAUGUAUGUAUAGAUAUGUCAGAUAUGAGUUAAUCUCCAAUAGGCGGUGAGGGAAAUAACUUUUUUCCCCAGUGGGG